AUGAUGUCACGGCAUGCGGAUAUGGGCACUUUCGGAUCUCAGCUUUCAGGAAUACCAGACGCCCUCCUCCGAGACGAACUCUACAGAAGAAAUGUAUAUCGUGAUACGGACGAAGCCAAGCCAACAUGUGGCUCAAGCAAGCAAGGCGCCUACAACACUCCAGUUCAUGUGAUGGCGCUUUUUCUCAUCCUUAUACUAAGCACUCUAGCAUGUUCUUUCCCCAUCCUUGCUCGCCGGUUUCCGAGUCUACCUAUUCCCCGCCGGUUUCUCUUCUUAUCUCGCCACUUCGGAACGGGCGUUUUGAUUGCGACAGCAUUCGUCCAUCUACUCCCCACGGCAUUUGUGUCGCUAACGGACCCAUGUCUUCCCCGGUUCUGGAGUGAAACAUAUCGCGCUAUGCCUGGCUUUGUUGCAAUGAUAUCAGUCUUUGUCGUCGUCUUGGUCGAGAUGUUUUUUGCUAUGAAGGGGGCUGGCCAUGUCCAUGGGAGCGAGUAUGACCAAUUAAUGGGCGAAGGCACCGAGUUACCCGGUGACGACCAAAAUGGGGAUCAGAACUACUCGCGUCUUCACGCAAUGGGAUCAACAGAUAAUAUCAAUCUUUCACCAAUGCCUGAGAUUCGCACGCCUUCGUCGACCACCCAAAGGUACGACUUGCACACGCAGAAUUCGACUGAUGAGCUCGAUCCAGAGGGCGCUACAACAAAUCUCCUCAAAGAGGAUGAGGAUAUGGACCGCGGAGACAGCGGCAGAAAUGGAAUUCCUCGCGUUAACGGAAACCACCGCCAUACCUCGCAUUCCCACCAUCACCGCUCCCAGUCGGGAAUGUCUCACAUAGAUCCCAAGUUAUCAAUGCAAAACCCGCAGCGGCAGCUUUUGCAAUGUCUCUUGCUUGAGGCUGGCAUCCUCUUCCACAGCAUAUUCAUCGGAAUGGCUGUUAGCGUUGCAACAGGCACAUCUUUCGUUGUCCUUUUAGUGGCUAUCUGCUUCCACCAGACAUUCGAGGGCUUCGCCCUCGGUUCCCGAAUCGCAUCUCUGAUUCCGGAUCUCUUUCCUCCUUCCUCCGUGAAACCUUGGCUCAUGUCCCUCGCCUAUGGGGCUACAACGCCAAUUGGUCAGGCCAUCGGCCUUGUUCUACACAAUAUGUAUGACCCAGCCAGCGCUACGGGUCUUCUUAUGGUUGGCAUUACCAAUGCAAUCAGCAGCGGGCUUCUGCUUUUCGCCGGGUUGGUCGAACUUCUGGCUGAGGACUUCUUGAGCGAAGCAAGUUAUGUUACGUUACGAGGCCAGCGCCGGGUUGAGGCUUGUAUAGCUGUUGCUGCUGGUGCUCUAUUAAUGGCAUUUGUGGGUGCGUUUGCCUAG